AUGAAUGAUACUCUGUGUUCAAACUUUGUUGUUUUGGGGUAUUAUUUACCCGACGAAUUAAACGAUACUGCAACAUUCAAUUUUGAUGAUAAUUCGGAUUUCAAAAAGUACUGUUCUAGUGAAAACUGCAAUACUGAUCUCGAAAAAUUUUCGAUUGGAUUUUUAUGGUUACUUGAGCAAUGUUAUUCUGCAUUCAAAAAUAAAAGUCAUGAUAUAAAUAGCAUUAAUGCAUUUUUUAUACAUAUGCUUUCAUGGUUUGGUUACAAAUUAAAUCAAAUAACAGGACAAGGUUCCACCAAAAUAAACGAUUUUUAUACUAAUAAUAUAAUUAAUAGUCAUAAAUAUGAUAAUUUUACAAAUACUGCCUAUAAAUUUACAGAAAUUAAGGAUUUCAUGGAUGAACGAAAUUAUUUGAUGGAUAUUAAUAUUGAAGAUAUGUCUAAAUUUUAUGAUGCAUUCAAAUUAUUAUGUAAUAUGUAUGGUAAUAUUGCAAAGAAUCAAACGGGCGGCAUACUGUUAAAUAAUGCGAAUGAUUUUGUUAACAAAUAUACAGAGCUAAACAAUAAAUAUAAUAAUGAAGUUGCCCCACAUAGUCAAAUAUUGUCUGUUUUAUCAACUGAUUAUGAUAAUAUAAAAAAGAAAUGUAACAAUAUUCCAUCCCUUCUAGAGAAAAAAAUAGAACAAACUACUGUAAUAAAAUCUGAAAAUAAUUUUGAACAAACUUCUGCACAAACAUCUAGAGUUACAUCAAGUUCGCCGAUAGGAAACAAAUUAUUUACAUUUUUAUCGAUAUUUGGUGCAAUGGCAUUUUUUUUAGGAAUCUCCUAUAAGUAUUCGUUAUUUGGAUUUCGAAAACGAUCUCGAAAACAACAUUUAAGAGAAAAGCUAAAAAAAUAA